CGCCCAAUAUAUACCGUACACAGAGCAGUGGUGAUCUCGUUUGCGCUCAUUUCGCUCCAAAUAGUAUCUGGUCGUCGUUGUAUAUAGGGCGCUAACCAUGUCUACCAGUGAGCUUGCUUGCGCUUACGCCGCCAUGGCUCUUUACGACGAUGGAAUUGCAAUCACUGCGGAGAAGAUUGCAGCCGUAGUUGCAGCCGCGGGGCUCUGUGUGGAAUCUUACUGGCCCAGCCUCUUUGCAAAGUUGGCGGAGAAGAGGAAUAUCGGCGACCUUCUUCUCAACGUUGGUUGUGGUGGUGGCGCUGCGGCUCCCGUGUCUGUAGCCGCUCCUGCUGGUGGUGCUGCUGCCUCUGCCGCCGCUCCUGCCGUUGAGGAAAAGAAGGAAGAGCCGAAAGAGGAGAGCGAUGACGACAUGGGAUUCAGCUUAUUCGAUUAGGAGGCUCUUGUGUCUCUCAUUGGAUUGCAUUAGGAAAUUUUUGGGUGGUAGCCUUAUUGGAUUUUACUUUAGACUUUUAGAACCUUGAUUGUUUUCUGUUCAAUUGUCGAAGUUUUUUGUUUUAUUUUUUUAAUUGGCAGGGAGUUUCUUGUUUUCUUUUGUUUAAGUUGCGAGGGAAAAUGGAUGUUUCCACACAUUUGUUUGAUUUACUUUACAAUGCAGUGAGUUUAAACCUUACGAUAAGUAGAACCAUGGUUUCUCUGUUUUUGAGUUUCAGGUUACUUGCGAAAUCGUACUGCUUUAUUUCGUA